UCUGAUAUCCAUAUUUAUAUAAAUAUUGAAUAGUAAUUAUUCAUCGCAAAUUUUGAGCUCUAAUGCAACUUCUUAUACUAUUGUUCUCAUCCAGUUUUUAUAUUAACUUUCUGAAUGGAUUCUAUUAAUAUUGCUGUUAAGAAUGCUUUGAAGUUUAUAUCUUUAAUUCAAAAUGUUUGUGAUGAAAAGAGGCUCUUAAUGGAACAGAAGCAAAUUCAAGAAUUUAACUGCUUUUCAUUAGAAUGGAAAAACAAGCAAAAGACUGGUGCAAAGAAAACUUGCGAGGAAUUUGAAAUAGUUCAGCUGUCAGCCAAAGAGGAAAUUAAAGAAGAUGAAUUGCUACCUGAAGAAGAAGAAGCUUUAAUUUUAGCGGAUAGUUUAUUGGAGAAAGCCAGAAGUAUAAGAAGUAAAAACAAAGUGACCCUGAAAAAGAAAUUGGAAGGAACAAAAAAUCAUAAAUUACAAGCAGAUGCAUCAAAUUCAAACGUAUCUAUAAUCUCUUCAAAUAAACUUGAAUGUUUACUUAGGAUAGCUAACAGUGACUACAAGCUUAGUGAAAAGAAACCACCUCGUAGCAAAAGCUCGACUUUGCCCCUGUCCCAGAAAACAAAUGUCGUACCUCGCUCAAAAUCAGGCAUUACCUUACAUGCUCCAGGAAAUAUGAAUAAACGUGCUGAAAUUUGUUUGAAAAAGAACUCAUUUACGAAGGAGGGUGGAAAAUGUGCCAAAGAAACAAAUGCUGUGGUUGUUUCAGCUUUAACUCCAUCUGUUCAUAAACUUCACAUUGGUAAAAUAUGUUUGAAAUAUAAACCAAGAGAAGAAAAACAGAGCACAUCUGUGUGUAGCAAUAUCUCUGAAGAUGUUACUCAAAAUGCCAAAAAGAAUUGUGACGAAGAACACCCUACAAUGAAAUGUUUUAUUCAAGAGCUUAAAAGUAAACUAGAUGCUCAAGCCUCUUACAUAUCAAAAUCGUGUAUAUGGUAUCCAUUUUUAACCUUUAAAAGUCAAGAAUAUUUAUUGAGCAAACUUCAAUGCAAAUCUUUUUGCAGUUUCCAGAAGGCAUAUCAACUAGUUCAUAGAUUGCAGGAAACUAUGUUUUGGAUUGAAUUUUUUUGUCUGAUUGCAAAAGAAAUUUUACCACAUUUACUUGAAUUUGAUGGAAGUGAUUUGAAUAGAAAAAAACUGUGCAAUUACUUCAAGAGUAUUUUUGUCAGCGCAUCCCAAAGACUGCCAAUGUUUAUUUCAAAAUAAUAGAUUGAAUUGACGAUUUGUCUAGCCAAAUUGAUGUCCUCUAAUGCAUUAGUCAGAUGCAAAGGGUUUUCCCAUUUCUAAAAAUGUCUGUAUAUUUAUUGAAAUAAAUUGUUUACUUUCUU